UAUUUACAUAUUCUGUAUGAGGUUAUUGAAUCUGCGACUCAACACAGGUGGUGCAUAAGGAGUGCUCCGCCUCUGCAGAGCCAGGGAUGCAAAUAGUACCUCUACAGGUAUCAUUUUACACUUGAUCCUUUGGGCAAGAGGCGCAGUCAUCAGAUCACAGCAGCUCUUUUACAAUGAAAACCAGACAGCAUGCUACCGUCAGCUGAGACGCAUCGACAAUAACAUUCAAUAGGAUCAGUCAACCAAUUGUCGCCACCAUUACUGCUCCAGCCAUGCCCAUUGCAGAACUUUUGGGAGUACAGUUCGACAUGCAGCUGUUGUUGAAACUGAGUCUGUCUGUGGCUGCGGUGCUGCUGGUUUCUUGGGCCUACAGGUUCUACAGCUCCAGAGAUGACAAGAAAAUUCAGGUCUGUGUAAAAGACAACAAAGGGACAAGCCAACAAGAGAAAGAAAAUGCAACCUGUCAAAACUGCAAGACAACACUACGAUGCCAGAACUCACCAAAACAUGAAACAGAUGGUGGAGGUAACCAACCCAGACAACUGCACACGGACUCCACCACUGAUUACCGGACAUCUGACAGCACCAAGGAACCACCAAUAGAAGCUCAUCCAUGCCAAGCUGAGAAGAGUCAGAAUGCAUUUAGUAACCAAGACAGCAGCUUGAAAGGAGAGAUGCUCACUCGUCAGAAGGAGGCAAAGGUUUCCACCAGUAAUAUUUCAUUUGGAUCAGCUUUGAACCUUCCUUAUCCAACAGAGAGUGGGAUGGCCAGUACAACGGGGCGCCGCUCCCCUUGCUUUUUGCAGAAGCUGGAGGGAUGUGUAGGUGUGGGCAGGGAGUUAAGGCAGGACUUGGAACGCCAGGGGGCCUACUCCAGCUUCCUCUCCAAGGCAGAGAUCAAAGUGGAGGAUGCUAACGUGGUGCUGGAAGGAACAGGAGAUCAGAUUGUGCGUGGAAAGAUAUAUGAUUAUUAUGUUGAGUCUUCCUCUCACUCUAUUACAGACUCAAAUACUGUGCAUGGUCAGUUUGAGAGGAACUCUGAGUCACAGCCAGGGGAGUUUGGAAGUCGUGGCAGCAGCCUCACAGAAUUGUCUUCUUCUGUGAGCCCCAUCAUUAUGCGUGAUUUGGUUUUACCACAAAGCACUGUUGAGGCUCCUUCCUCGCUGGGAAGCCUCAAGCUGAGGCAUCCUGCAAGGCCUGUACUCCUACGCAAGGAGAGCUAUCUGUCUGCAGCUGAGCAAUCUGAGCUUUCCAUUCCCAUUCUAACAUCAAGAGCCUCAACAGAAAUGACUCACUCUCUGGCCUCAACCUGCAAUGAGUCCAUUUCUGUUCACCCUAUGAUCUCAAGCUCUACAGACAGCAAAGAUUUUAAUAUGAGGGAGGAGGCAGAUCUCAAGACAGUAGCAGGGGCACCAUUUUUACACCAUCCAGCAAAAAGUCUUGACAGCACAGAUUUGGAAAGCUUGAAGAGUAAACUUGAUCUGGGUAAUUGUUUGGAGACACUGUACUUGGCCAAGAAACAUGGCCAGACCUCUGUACAGGAAGCAGCCCUGGGAGUCAUGUCAGACAACUACCUCCAGGUGCUCAGGGACCCCAACCUUUAUGGUCGGCUAAUGGCUGGUGAGAGAGAACAAAUCCGGAAGCAGAGAAUGAGAGGGAGAAGGUUUGUCAUGGUGGCAGAUAUGGACCCUCAAGACUGGGCGCUGAACACAGGAGGGCAGAUAGCAGCGACAGAACACAGGAGGACAUCCAGUGCAGUGUACUAUUAUGAUGACUACAAAGACGCCUGGCAUACACUCUGCAUGGUCCCACAGGAGGUCAUCUCUAAAGCCUGUGCCAUGUGCACAAUGGAUAACUACUUAUUUGUGGCAGUGGGCUGCCAAGGCACAGACAGAGAAAUGACACCCUCAAAGAGAGUGUUUUGCUACAAUCCUUUGACAUCCAUUUGGAAGGAGAUCAGUCCUAUGAAUGUAGCCAGGCCCCGCUGCAAACUGGCAGCUCUGGAGGGCUACAUCUACGCCAUUGGAGGGGAGUGUCUAUCCUCAGUGGAGCGCUAUGACCCACGAUUAGACAGAUGGACAUUUGUGGCUCCAUUGCCUAAUGAUACAUUUGCUGUGGCACAUCACGUCACAGUGUGCAAUGGAGAGCUUUUUGUUUCUGGGGGAACACUUAGAUAUAUGCUACUGCGCUACAGUCCCAAAACCAACACCUGGAAGCCAAGCCUGUUAGUAGGCGGGAAAGACAGAACUGCAGACAUGGUAGUCGUGGGGAGAUUUUUGUAUCGGUUUGAUGUUAACGCACUGCUGGGUAUCAGUGUGUACCGCUACCAUACAGUGGCUCGACUGUGGUAUGAGUGCAGCACCAAACGACUUCAGCGCUGCCCUGCCUUCCAGUGUGUUACGAUGGAUGACACAAUCUAUUGUGUCAGCCGCCAGUUCACCAUGAGGUUUGAGGCUGAUGAGAUCUCUCCUGCUUUCAUAGAUGAGAAUUUGAGUGUCCUCUCUGCAGCUAAGGGCAUACUUUUCCCCUUUGUCCUUUCACUCACUGAUAAGAAGCCUCGGCAGACCAGUGUGUAACAAGAACUCAGUUUUCCAUCGAUGAUAAGAUUAGGUGGUGAUGGAGUAUCCCUACAAGUACAUGAUUUACAUUAAGUUUCUUGUUGACUGAGCAGAGGUUUUGCUUCCAGAAUUGUGCUCAACCCAGCCCAAACACAAAUGUGAUUGCAAAAUCGUAACCUGUGUGUUGACAUUUCUUUGAGGUGUUACUAAGAUCAUCUAUUUUAUAAACUGCUUUAUUUUGUAUUGCACAAAGAGAUUGGUCCCUGGCAAUAGCUGUAAAGUAUUAGACACAUAAUGGUAGUCAAACUACUGUUUGUUUAGAUUUAUGCAGGAUGCACUGCCAUGUAAAUUGUUUGCUUCUUUGAUUUGCCACUCCUCCCUGCUAUUAAGUUAGUUUUAUAUCAUUCCAGAUGCUUAACCUCUUUAGCUGUAAAUAUAAUUCAUAAGUAAGUCUUAGAGUAAAUGAGUUCAUUCAACUAUAACACAUUACAGAGAUUGGGCAAUAUUGUGAUAAUGUAUCACUGCUCCACUGUGUAGGGCACAAAUAUAACUUACACAGUGGCCUGGAUACAAUGCAAUUAUCUACAGUUGCUCUUUAAAUAUGACAGGAUGUAAAUGGGUUUGUCAUACAAUAUAAAUAGGUUUGCUCCUAAAAGCAUUUGUCACUACUUUUGAAGC